AUGCUGAAACAAGGAAUCAUACGCAAAAGUCACCCCCCCUUCUCUUCGCUGGUUUUGUUGGUGGCGAAGCAGGAUGGAACGUGGAGGUUCUGUGUUGACUAUAGAGAACUCAAUGACCGGACGAUCAAAGAUAAGUUCCCUAUUCCCGUUGUGGACGAACUGCUGGAUGAGUUGCACAGUGCUCAGUAUUUCUCUAAGUUGGACCUCAGGUCUAGGUAUUUCCAGGUUCGCAUGGCUCCCAGUGACGUGAAGAAGACUGCCUUUUGCACCCACCAUGGCCACUUUGAAUUUUUUGUCAUGCCAUUCGGUCUCUCCAACGCCCCAUCCACAUUUCAGUCAUUAAUGAACGAGCAAAUCAUGGGUAAAGCAUGUGCACCAUCUGCGGACCAUUUUUGA